UUACAUACAUACACAUAUGGUGAGGGAGAGAACGUGAUGACGUGAGACUCUCCUUGGAGAGUAGGAGGUAAUAAAGAAAUAAAACAGGUGUCUGAGGAGACGUUCUAUUAGAGAGGGGAGAAUAGAGAGUAAUUAUCGUUCAGACAGGCAAGAGUUCUCUGCAGGUAGCAGCCUGGGAAAGCGAACUCGCGCACCCUCUUGGGGGACGGGCUCUUUUGCUUUCUAUUUCUUCUCCUGCAGCCAGGGUGCACGCGUAUUUGAAACAGACCGAAUUUCCUCCUCGAUGUGGGGUCAGGUUGACUUUUCGAGACUAGCGGAUAUUUCUUUUUAAUGACUCCAAUGCCUUUUGUUACUGCUGUUAUUGAGGUUGAGGGAGAAGAGAUCGGUCUAAAUUCUGGCUGGGUAAGUGGGGGGAUUCUCGGCGAUGAGAAAGGGGGAACUUAGAAGCCGGAGGAAAAUCAGCAGCCCCCUCAUCUCCACUUCUCCAGUCCCCCCACUCUUCACCCGUGACCUCCCGUGGAGACCCCAGGAGGCAGCAUCAAUAUUUGAUCGACCCUUCGUCUGCACGCUGCCAGCCCUGGCCGGCUGGGCUCGCCAGGCAUUGCCCGCUCGGCGCUGAGGCGGACGCCCGGCCCUGCCCCGGGAUUUGGAAGGACCCUCUCUGCGCUCGCCCCCUCCCCAGGGUGGCUCUGCUUCCGAGCCUGGGCGCGGUGCCCACCAUGCGCGGCUGCCCGCGGCUCGCGCUGCUCUGCGCGCUGCCCUGGCUCCUGCUGGCGGCGUCGCCCGGGCACCCGGCGAAAUCCCCCAGGCAGCCCCCGGCACCGCGCCGCGACCCCCUCGACCCUGCCAGGGGCGCCGAUUUCGAUCAUGUCUACAGCGGGGUGGUGAAUCUCAGCACCGAGAACAUCUACUCUUUCAACUACACCAGCCAGCCCGGCCAGGUGACCGCCGUGAGGGUGUAUGUGAACAGUUCCUCUGAGAAUCUCAACUACCCGGUCCUUGUGGUGGUUCGUCAGCAGAAAGAGGUGCUGUCCUGGCAGGUUCCUCUGCUCUUCCAAGGACUAUACCAGAGGAGCUACAACUACCAAGAAGUGAGCCGCACCUUAUGCCCCUCAGAAGCAACCAACGAGACGGGCCCCUUGGAGCAAUUGAUAUUUGUAGAUGUAGCAUCCAUGGCACCCCUGGGUGCCCAGUACAAACUGCUAGUUACCAAGCUCAAGCACUUCCAGCUCCGGACAAAUGUUGCCUUUCACUUUACUGCCAGCCCCUCCCAACCUCAGUAUUUUCUAUACAAGUUUCCCAAAGACGUGGACUCAGUUGUCAUUAAAGUGGUGUCUGAAAUGGCUUAUCCAUGUUCUGUUGUCUCAGUCCAGAAUAUCAUGUGCCCGGUGUAUGAUCUUGACCACGAUGUGGAAUUUAAUGGUGUCUAUCAGUCCAUGACUAAGAAAGCUGCCAUCACACUACAGAAGAAGGAUUUUCCAGGCGAGCAGUUCUUCGUGGUAUUUGUGAUAAAGCCUGAAGAUUAUGCCUGUGGAGGAUCUUUCUUCAUCCAGGAAAAGGAAAACCAGACCUGGAAUCUACAGCGAAAGAAGAACCUCGAAGUGACCAUUGUUCCUUCCGUUAAAGAAUCUGUUUAUGUGAAAUCCAGUCUUUUCAGUGUCUUCAUCUUCCUGUCCUUCUACUUGGGAUGCCUGCUUGUUGUGUUUGUUCAUUAUCUGAGGUUUCACAGAAAAUCCACUGAUGGAAGCUUUGGGUCCAGUGAUGGCUCUGGAAAUAUGGUGGCAUCUCAUCCCAUUGCUGCCAGCACACCCGAAGGGAGCAAUUAUGGAACAAUAGAUGAGUCAAGCUCCAGUCCUGGAAGGCAGAUGUCCUCCCCCGAUGGUGGGCCACCAGGCCAGUCAGACACAGACAGCUCUGUGGAGGAGAGCGACUUUGACACCAUGCCAGACAUUGAGAGUGAUAAAAACAUCAUCCGGACCAAGAUGUUCCUUUACCUGUCAGAUUUGUCCAGGAAGGACCGGAGAAUUGUCAGCAAAAAAUAUAAAAUUUAUUUUUGGAACAUCAUUACCAUCGCUGUGUUUUACGCACUGCCCGUGAUCCAGCUGGUCAUUACCUACCAGACAGUGGUAAAUGUCACUGGCAACCAGGACAUCUGUUACUACAACUUCCUCUGUGCUCACCCCUUGGGCGUCCUGAGUGCCUUCAACAACAUUCUCAGCAAUCUGGGCCACGUGCUUCUGGGCUUCCUCUUCCUGCUGAUAGUCUUGUGCCGGGACAUCCUCCAUCGGAGAGCCCUAGAAGCCAAGGACCUCUUUGCUACGGAGUACGGGAUUCCCAAACACUUUGGUCUCUUCUAUGCUAUGGGCAUUGCACUGAUGAUGGAAGGGGUGCUCAGUGCUUGCUACCAUGUCUGCCCUAAUUAUUCCAACUUCCAAUUUGACACCUCCUUCAUGUACAUGAUCGCUGGCCUGUGCAUGCUGAAGCUCUAUCAGACCCGCCACCCAGACAUCAAUGCCAGCGCCUACUCCGCCUACGCCUCCUUCGCUGUGGUCAUCAUGGUCACCGUCCUUGGAGUGGUAUUUGGAAAAAAUGAUGUGUGGUUCUGGGUCAUCUUCUCUGCAAUCCACGUUCUGGCCUCACUAGCCCUCAGCACCCAGAUAUAUUAUAUGGGCCGUUUCAAGAUAGAUGUGUCUGACACAGCAGAUUUGGGAAUUUUCCGGCGGGCUGCCAUGGUGUUCUACACAGACUGUAUCCAGCAGUGUAGCCGGCCUCUGUAUAUGGAUAGAAUGGUGUUGCUGGUUGUGGGGAAUCUGGUUAACUGGUCCUUCGCCCUCUUCGGAUUGAUAUACCGCCCCAGGGACUUUGCCUCCUACAUGCUGGGCAUCUUCAUCUGCAACCUUUUGCUGUACCUGGCCUUUUACAUCAUCAUGAAGCUCCGCAGCUCUGAGAAGGUGCUCCCGGUCCCGCUCUUCUGCAUCGUGGCCACCGCUGUGAUGUGGGCUGCCGCGCUGUAUUUUUUCUUCCAGAAUCUCAGCAGCUGGGAGGGAACUCCAGCCGAAUCCCGGGAGAAGAACCGCGAGUGCAUUCUGCUGGAUUUCUUCGAUGACCAUGACAUCUGGCACUUCCUCUCUGCUACUGCUCUGUUUUUCUCAUUCUUGGUUUUAUUAACUUUGGAUGAUGACCUUGAUGUGGUUCGGAGAGACCAGAUUCCUGUCUUCUGAACCUCCAACAUUAAGAGGAGGGGAGGGAGUAAUCAAUCUUGGUGCUGUUUCACGAAAAUUACAGUGACCACAGCAAAGUAACCACUGCCAGAUGCUCCACUCACCCUCUGUAGAGCCAGCUCUGCUUUCACACAGGAAAGACAGGGGCUGCGGGAGAUUUAAACCUGCAAGAAGGGAGGCAGACGGGGAACCAUAUUUUGAGGAUAGACGCAAACCUGAGGAGCUGAGAAACACUCACUCCUUCCAUCUGCAGCUCUGGGAGUGCAACAGGGACAGGCGCUGCACCCAAGUCAACUCGCCAUCUUAGGGCCCCUCCCACCCUCAAGGAGACUUGCCGGCAAUGGCAGAAUGCUGCUGCACGCUUCCCUCCGGUUGUCGCCCUGCCCAGAAAGGCCAGCAGCUUGGAUUCCUGCCCAGAAACUGUGUUGGCCCCCUUCACACCUCUGCAACACCCGCUGCUCCAGCAGGAGGAUGUGAUUCUUUAGAAUAUGGUGGGGAGGUGACCCCAGGCCCUGCCCUACUGGGAUAGAUGUUCUAGUGGCACCAGCUAGUCACCUCCCAGAAGAAACUCUGUAUAUUUCCCCCAGGUUUCUGAUGCCAUCAGAAGGGCUCAGGAGUGGGGUUUGUCACACAUUCCUGUUAACAAGUAACUGUCACCGGGACCAAGGCCUGGGUGCUUACAUAUUCCUUCGUGUCUUCAUCUCACUGACCUGUGUGGACCUCAUCACUCUGACUCUGCCUUCUUGGAAAGGCCCUGUCACUCCACAGAUGUCUGGCCAGCUUCAAGGCAGAAGGAGAAACAGGGAAAGCUCUUUUAACAGCAGCACGAACAAGAAAAAUGACUAACCAUACUAAAAGACUGGUAACAGCAGCAGCAGCCAGACAGGCCUCACCUUAAGGACUUGGGCUGCCAGAGCAAAUUCAGCAGCGUGAGCAGUGCUUACUUGGCCCUCCCAUUCACACAGCUCAGUUCUGUGCCCACAUCACCUUUAGGGAAGAAAUCAGCGUUCUAACCAGGGACACUACUUCAGGAGUCCUCCACAGCAAGUCUGCCAUCUGUCACCUUAUGUAGAUCAGGGUUCUGGGCUUCCUCCCUGAAGUUCUCAGAAGCAACUCUCAGGAUGCACAGCUAAUCUAGUAUUGUCUAGUAUUGUCUCUCGGUUGCACCUGACUCUCAUUCUCUCCCCAGUAAGGUGUUGGCAAGCUCAGCAUCCGGGUUCCACUCUCACACUGUCUGGCAUUUCUGUGUCUGAGAAGUCCUACAUUGACCAGGCUCCCUUGUUGCCUGGAGUCUGAUGUAAUCAGAAAAUAGACGCAUAAAUGUGCACAUGCGUAUAUAUUUGCUUGUGAAAUUAAAGUCACCUCUCGCCUCUGCUUUCCUGAUCAUUUGUUAGAGACAUGGAUCAGGAAUUUUUUAAAAUUAUUAUUCUUUCUCUAAACUAUUUGCAUUGUGUUCAUAAACCCAUUUUAGAAGUUUGAACCGCAAGCUUUUCCUGAUUUUAAAAAAAAAAAGAUGCUUUCAAUGAACUAUUCUGUGAUUUUUUUUUAAAGUCCCCAAAUAUGUACUUAGCCUUCUGUUAUUCUUUAUUCUUUAAGAAGUGUUGGUUCCAUUGACCAUAAUAAGGCCACCAAUUAAAUGGUUGUGUUAAUCCAACAUGUAAAAAAAAAUUUGGCGGGGCACAGUGGCUCACGCCUGUAAUCCCAACACUUUGGGAGGCUGAGGCAGGAGGAUCACUUGAGCCCAGGAGAUUGACGCGCAGUGAACUAUGAUUGCGUCCCUGCACUCCAGCCUGGAUGACAGAGUGAGACCCCCAUCUCUUAAAAAAUGAAAAAUAAUAAAGAUUUGAACCUGUUUCACUAUGGCUGGUUUGACCUAAUUUCUUUAUCUUCACGCACUAUGAUUUCUAAUCCACAGAAGACGAAGGGAGGAAAUGUGAACACAAAGUCCAUUCAAGUCGCCCUGUGGCUGAAGUGAAUAAAUUUUCAGAUGCAUAACCUGUUUGGUAGCUUGUUCGGGAAAAUGUGAGUCGAAAUGGGGAGAGGGCCCUGGAGGAAAGGGUGGACUGUGCUGCUGGAGCCUUCACUGUUUUCUGAUCACGUCUGUCUUGUGCUACAAACUCACACGCUGUGGUCAGUUUUGUUCUUGCAACAGUACUGCAAAUCCAGACCAGGCUUGUUUUUACAAAUACCAGUUCUAAAUGUACAUGUUGCUAAUUCUUUCCACAGCGCCAGUCUCACGGUUGGAGGACAUAAAGUCAUUCAGCUGUAUCUGUAGGAUUUACGCAAGUGCUGGGGUGGAGGGGAGCACGGAGAGCUUAAAGAGCUUAACGAGCCAUUUCUGUAGUACAGUGUCUAUGAUAAUUCUCGCCCGGGUUCAUGGACUUCACUCUUUAAAAGGGAAAGGAAGAGUUACUCAGAAAGCCGAGUUCAACAGGAGCGUAACUGGAGAAAAGCAGUCACUGUGAGGAGGCUGUUGGCAAAGCAAGCACAGAAGUAAUAAGAGCGGUUCAGCUGGAGCAGGACCGAGAUGUAGCAGCCAGAGGCGCAAAGCUGUGCACAUAAAAAACGACCUCUUCACACCCCUGACAAAUGCUGGAGAAGCAGCCCGACCUCUUUAUGCUCCACGGUUUACUGAUGGAUUUGCCCGGUUUUAUUUUAGCAGCAGGAGAAGCCAGUGGAAUGCCAGAGUCUAUCUGGGGAAGGGACUUUCCAUGACUGAAGGAGGUCACCGAGCUAGCUCCUUGGGGCAAAGAAAAUGGCAGCUGCUCUCUAUGUAACUCCAGGCACCCACCAGAAGUUUCUGUGGGGUCACAAAAUGCAUGUGUUGGUAAAUCAAAUACCCAAAUCCUCCUCAAUAUGGGUGAUGGUCUCUAUCCAAAACGUAGGGGAAAGGGAGGAACAAAGAUAAACACUAUUCACAGAAGGAACAGUACAAUCUGUAGAAGAUUCUGGAGUCCACCUACUCGCGGUGUGCCCGUGGGUAAGUGGCUGAAACUCUCACAUCUUCAGCUGGCACAUCUCCAUGAUUCUAUGUGAGAACGGUGAAGGUGGAGGUGUGCAGGGUACCAGCAGCAGUGCUCACGCAGACGGGAUCCUCAGCUCACCCUCCUGAAUCCCAGAGGGAGGCAGGGCAAGAGUGGAUCCGUCGGCCAGUCUGGGAUCUCUCUCCUCCAGGGGCUCUUCAUUGAAACCAACUGUUCCGUUUCCUGUCCUCAGCUCCAGGAGGCCCUGAACAGGUUGGGAGGCCUCUUCCCCUUCAGAGACACUGCCCACAGCUGUUCAGCCUCCUCCCAUCCCUACCCCCAUCUUUGUCCUUUGUGGCUGCAUUUCCCCGACUCUGGCCCUGAAUAUCCUUAUUCCACCUCCGAUGAAAAAAAAAAAAAGCUACCAAAGCUAGGGCCAAGUGGGAAAGCCUGGCUAUCUAUAAUGUGACACCUCAUCACUGCUGUCUCUGCCCUGGGAAUCUCAAGGAAAACCUAAGUUUUCUCCUCUCGAGUAGCUAUUUAUUACAACCCUGUUUCAGGGAAUGCCACGUGCAAAUGUUUCCCUCCCUUCACACCCUUAUUACCAAACAUUCUGUAGGACAAGCUUGCGUCUUCAGCUAAGGAGAACGCUUCGGCCUACAGGUGACAAAAGAGUCCCUGAAAGUGGAAGCAUGGUUUUGAAAUGAACCACCAUGAAUCUAAUGUCCCUGGUGAAACUAAGAAGAAGCACUAUCGGUAAAGAUUCUAUCUGCUCUGCUCGAGUCAAUGGAAAACGCUUGUUUACCGUGAUUCCACCCAGCUUGUAGUAGUUUUGUUUGUUGUUGUUGUUGUUGUUUUAACACUGGAGGAGACAAGAUAUAUUUACAUGGCUAAGUUUUAAUGUCUCCUCAAGACGAAGGCACCUUUGUUAACAAGGUUAAGUGCAUGUUAAAUCUUAGGCCUGAAUGCUCACGAAUUCGAGGAAUCUGGGGAAGAGUCACAGAUCGCCUUCACCGCUGAGUUUCUGGAACACCAGAGCAAGAGGGUUUCACCUGGGUCUCCUCUGUAGAAAGAGACCUCUACUCAAUGAACUCCAAGGCAGGGCCCGUUUACACUGGACAGCUUUCCUGAAGCAUGGUCUUGCUAUUCUUAUUGGAGUACAAAAAAGACUAGAUGGUCACCGUUGUUCAUGAAGAAGUACCCUUUGCUCCCCCAAUUUUAGAGAGAAGAUCCCUGCCUUCUUAAAUAUCUCUAGAUCAAGAGAUUUUAUCAUUUUCCCUGAAUUCUUAAAAUUGUUUAAAUUCCUUGGCUCUGUCCUACAUCCUUUUGUCUGCCUUGAAGUCCCUGUCAUCUAAGGUUUAUUCAUUUCACUGGAGAUGAACAACAACUGGCAUUUGUGUAAUAUAAAAUAGCCUUGAAGUCAUGUUACAUUUCAGUCAAGUACUAAAUAAAAACUAGGGGUCCCA